AUGCCCUCUAACAAAGACCGGAUAUAUGUUGUUCUCCAUGCACGAGGGGGCAAAUCAACUAUGCCAGGCAAGGAAGACUCGUACCAUUGGUCCCUGAUUGUAGGGCCCAAAGUUGAGACAGACAAUAGCACUGGGUUCUGUUACCAUGCAAACGAGAGUCCGAAGUUGGGAGGGGGCUCGGAGUGGCACUUCGAAGAGCUGGAGUGUUCACUUACCGCUAAUAGAAUGUUACUCGUUCGUAUCAUGAUUGGGAAGGUAUUGGACGGAUACCAUACAGCGGAAAUUAUGCGCAAUACGCCUGUUCGACAAAAUCGACCAGGAUGGAAUUGUGUCGAGUGGGUAAAGGAGGCGUUGGAAACGCUCCAGGCCGAUAACAAGGCUUUAGGCACGAGCAUGCUUGAGUGGAGCAUAGUGCGGAAUAUAGCAAUGGCUUACUGCGAACGCAAGAUAGAACAGCACCGUUUUGAUGGUCAGGGCAAUUUUGAUAUGAGAAAGACUCCUACUUAUGACCUGCUUGAGCAAAGGGAGAUCAUCGCUUGA